GGGAUGAGCGGCGGCCGGCAGCGCACCUUGCCGCAGGUCUGGCGGGCGCCCGCGGGCAGAGCCGAGCGGAGGGACGCGGCCGGUGACAGCGAUGACGAGCUGCUGCUGGCGGCCGCGGCCGCGGCCGACCCCGGCCCGCUGCAGGGCUUCAGCGAGGCGGCGGGGUCCAUCUGGAUCUACCCCACCAACCUGCCCGUGCGGCCGUACCAGGAGCGCAUGGCCGGCGCCGCGCUGCUGGCCAACACGCUCGUGUGCCUGCCCACGGGGCUGGGCAAGACCUUCGUGGCCGCCGUGGUCAUGUACAACUUCUACCGCUGGUUCCCCUCGGGCAAGGUGCUGUUCCUGGCCCCCACCAAGCCGCUGGUGGCUCAGCAGAUGGAGGCGUGCGGCCGCGUCAUGGGCAUCCCGUGCCGGGACAUGGCGGAGAUGACAGGAGGCACCCAGGCUCUGGGCCGGCGGGAGCUGUGGAACACCAAGAGAGUCUUUUUCCUCACGCCUCAGAUAAUGGUCAAUGACCUCUCCCGUGGGACCUGUCCCGCUGUGGAGAUCAAAUGUCUGGUUAUUGAUGAAGCCCACAAAGCCCUUGGCAAUCAUGCCUACUGCCAGGUUGUGAGGGAACUGAGCAAAUACACAAAUCAAUUCCGGGUCCUGGCCCUGAGUGCCACCCCAGGCAGUGACACCAAGGCUGUGCAACAAGUUAUCUCCAACUUGCUGAUUGCUCAGAUAGAGGUGUGUGCUGAAGAUUCUCCAGAAAUUCAGCCUUACUCUCAUGAGAGACAAGUGGAAAAAAUUGUAGUUCCACUUGGGGAAGAACUGGUAGAAAUUCAGAACACUUACAUCAAGGUGCUGGAAGCAUUUGCUGGGCGCCUGAUUAAGGUGGGAGUUUUAUCCAGGAGGGAUAUUCCCAGCCUGACCAAGUACCAGAUCAUCCUGGCAAGGGAUCAGUACAGGAAGAACCCCUCUGCACAGCAUGCAGGAAUCCAUCAAGGCAUCAUUGAAGGAGACUUUGCCCUUUGUAUCAGUCUGUACCACGGGUACGAGCUGCUGCUGCAGAUGGGAAUCCGCUCCUUGUUCAUCUACCUGUGGGGAAUCAUGGAUGGAUCCAAAGGGUUGUCCCGCACCAAGACCGAGCUGGGGCGCAACGAGGACUUCAUGGAGCUCUACCAGCAGCUUCAGGACAUGUUCUCAGACACUGCUGUGACUCCUGAGAGUGGAGGUGUUUGCAAGGGCACAACAGCAUUGAAAAAGAAAAAGGAAUUUAUCUACAGCCAUCCAAAAUUAAAGAAAUUGGAGGAAAUUGUAAUAGAACACUUCAGAUCCUGGAAACAGGGAUGUUCUGCAGAUGAAGACCAGAGUGAAGGCUCAGCUGGGGACACGAGGGUGAUGAUCUUCUCCUCGUUCCGGGACAGCGUGCAGGAGAUCGCCGAGAUGCUGGCCCGGCUCAGCCCGGCCGUGCGGGCCAUGACCUUCGUGGGACACUCCUCGGGCAAGAGCACCAAAGGCUUCACCCAGAAGGAGCAGCUGGAGGUGGUGCGGCGUUUCCGGGAGGGGGGGUACAACACCCUGGUGUCCACCUGCGUGGGCGAGGAGGGGCUGGACAUCGGCGAGGUGGAUCUGAUCGUGUGCUUCGACGCGCAGCGCAGCCCCGUGCGCCUGGUGCAGCGCAUGGGCCGCACCGGCCGCCGGCGCCACGGCCGCAUCGUCGUCAUCCUGGCCCAGGGCCGCGAGGAGAGGAACUACAACCAAAGCCAGUGUAACAAAAGGAGCAUCCACAAAGCCAUCUCAGGCAACAAAACCCUUCGUUUCUACCAGCACAGCCCACGGAUGGUUCCGGAAGGCAUCAACCCCAAAGUGCACAAAAUGUUUAUCACUGCUGAAAAACAGGAGCAGAGCACCUCGAGGAUGCUUUCCAAAGAGAGGAGAUCCAGUUCCCUGCAGCACAAAUCUGCUCUCUUUGCCUGUGUCACUGGCCAAAAGCAAAUGAACUCCCACGAGAGCUGGUCCUUGUCACCUGAGGAAUUUGAAAUAUGGGACAGACUCUACAGGAUUAAGGAAAGUGAUGGGAUAAAGGAACCAGUGUUGCCUCGAGUUCAGUUUGAAACCCUAGAAAACCUGGAGGAAACACCAUUUCCCCUGCAGAAGCCCGAGGAGGGGGCAGCUCGGGAGCUCUCCCUGUCUGAGUGGAGCAUUUGGCAGAAUCAGCCUCUUCCCACGUCCCUGGUGGAUCACUCGGAUCGUUGUCACCUCUUCAUCAGUGCCAUGGAAAUGAUGGAGCUGAUGAGGCACCAGCAGGGAGACUGCAGCUAUGGACAGGAGCUCCAGCCUCACCUACGGAUGGAAGAUGUGAAUAUUGCAGGGAACAAAAGGAAUCCCUCCAUGGCCAACCCACCCCGGGAUCAGAGAGGUCGCUGCUCCAGGAAAGACCUGGCAAAAUCCAAAGCAAAGCCAUUCCCACCUGAUGCGGGUGAUAACGGGAGUGAGCUCUUUACCACCUUCAAAAUAACCAAACCCAAGGCUCCCAGAAGAGCUCCUGGGCUCAGUGAGGAAGAGCCUGUGUUGCCUCAGGAUCCUGCUGCCCCUCCCUCGGGAGCAAGGCUUGCUGUGGCUGCACACUCUCACCCGGGCAGUGACAAGGACGAGGGGCUGGAGGUGACAUUUGACUUAAAUGCAUUUAUUGACCUGUGUGACAGCAGUGACAGCCCUGAAACCCCUGCCAGUCCAGCAGCACAGGGAAGCAGCCCUGCAGGUAAAACCUGUGAGGCCCUGGGAAGGAUCCACAGGGACUCGGGCUACGAGACCUCCCCCGUGGCCUCGGACCUGUUUUACCUCCCCGAAUCCUGCAGGGAUCCCUUCACGCUCCUGGGGCCGCCCCUGGAGCCCCCAGAGCUGGAGCAAGCAUUUUCCCAGGUGCAAAGGCUUCUGUCACAGUCCCCUCCCUCUGAGGAUGAACUGGAGGGUUUGGAGAGCAGGCUGAGAGAUGAAGGAACAGGAUCUCCUUCCCCAAAAGUUCUCCCCGAUGGUCACUCAGAGGCACUGCAGGACAGCGUCUCCCCUGCGUCCCCAAAAACUGAUCCUUCACUGCUGCUCCUGGAGAAUCCCAAAGCAACAGCUCCCAGGGAAUUCUGUGCCUCAAGAAGUCCCCGUUUGUCCAAAACUGUGUCACCUACCAAGGCUGCUGCUGUUGAAGAGGAGCAGCUCUGGAAUGACAGCUUCGAUGGCUUGUUUGACAGUGAGGAAUUCCCUGAAAUCCCAGACAGCGCUCCCAGCAGGGACAACCCCGUCACAAAUGGCCCUUCAAAGGAGCCUUUCCUUCCCAAGGACACAGCAGAGGCUGCCCUUGGCGUUCCUGGUGAGGAGCAGAGUCUCCAUUUGUUUGAGGAUGAGGCUGGUGAGGACACAGGCGAGGGCAGCCCCAUGAGCACUGAGCCUCCAGCCGGGGCAGGUCCAGCUGGGACCAUCCCUGGGACAGAGGGAGAGCCCUGCAGGGAAUUCCCGUGCGUGAGCCUCACCCAGCCCUGCAGGGAAUCCAUGGCAGCAUCAGGAGUGGCCCUGGAGAAGGAUGAUCCCUACGACUGCUCCCAGGACCUGUUCUCCGUGACCUUCGACCUGGGCUUCUCCAUCGAGGACAGCGGGGAUGAAACCUCUGAGGAGAGCAGGAACGCUGCUAACCCCAAACUGAACGGGGCCCCGGGCAGUGCCCCAGGGGCUGCAUCCACUGAGGAUGCAGAAAUAUCCCCGAGUGAUGGCUCCAGGCUGGAAACCUCGCCGGGGUGGCCCUGCAGAAGGCUCGAGAGAAGGGACGUGUCCACACCGCUGUCAUGCCAGAGCAGGGGCAGGAGUGGCAGGGAAGGGGCCGAGGGUGCUCCUGCUGCACGGCCUGUCCUCGAGUCAGGAGGCAGCAGAAGGGGAAGGGAACCCCCUGACCCUUUGCCUUCAGCACUUCUGACCCCUACAAGCAGGAAGGGUGUGAAUAUGAAAGCUGUCAAAAGAAUUGCUAUGAAAGUCUUCUCGAAUGCCAGGGAGCAAGUUCCACAGGUGCCUCCUGUAGAUCAAGUCAAAGAAAGCCCAUGGAGGCAGAACUUUGGGAGGUCAGCCAGGGAUUCCCCUUCAGGAAGGACAGAAAGCCUGGAGGACUCCAAACUCCGUGGAUCCCGUGGGUCUCCUGCUGCAGGACCCAGCAGUGACAGCGAGGAAGAGAUCAUUUUCCAGAGAAAAAACAGGAUAAAAAAGAAUGUUUUGAAGUCUCCUGAUGGGAUGGAUGAGAGCGACCUGGAGUCUCCAGCUCGGGUCACCAGGAAACGCCGGCGCCCUCUGAACGUGUCAGACACAUCCAGCGAGGACAGCGGGGAUUUCCAGCGAGGCAGGAGCAGCCCCAGAGCCCGGCCCCAGCCCGGAGCAGCCAAACGUGCCAGGAGCUGCCUGGCAGCCAAGGCUGCAGGCAGGCAGUUCCUGGAGGAGGAGGCCGAGCUGUCCCAGCUGGACGCUGAGGGGAUCUCGUCGGACGAGAGCGACGGCAGCGGGGAGGAGCUGAGCCCGUCCCUGGCCCGGUUCCUCAAUGAUGAAGGGGAGCCCACGCAGGCCCUCAACGACAGUGAGAUGAGGGGUAUUUACCUGAGCUCCGUGCGCAGCCCCGCCCUCGGCAGCCGGUACAAAAUGGUCCAUCGGGAAUUCAACCCCUCGGCCAUCUUCUCCCAGAUUCCUGAGCAAGACGUGGCUUAUGCUGAGGACAGUUUCUGCGUGGGGGAUGAGGAGGAGGAGGAGGCUCAGAGUGGCUGCAGUGAGGAAGAAGUGUGUGUGAAUUUUGACCUGCUCAUCCCUGAGGGCAGCAGCAGCAGCAGGAAGCCGUACCUGACGCGCCGCAGGAAGAGGCUGAACCAGGCCAGGCUGGCAGGGAACACUCCUGCCCCGGGCCAGAAGAAGAAACCUUCCCGAAUUAUUGUCCUGAGCGACUCCAGCGAGGAGGAGACGGGAGCCAGCAGGGAGAAGGCCCUGGAAGCAGGACAGGGCAAGGGGCAGCUCCCCAGGGCCCUGCCCUCAGCCCCCUCUGCACAGCUCAGGAGCGGGGCUGGGGAAGCUGCAGCUCCCCAGGCUGGGGGGCAGCACACGGAGAGGCUGCUGGGCCUGGGAGCUUCAGGGUCUGGGAUGCUGGAUCCCCCCCCAGAGCAGCCAGGCAGGAGCACGCCCGUCCCCCCAGCUGGCUCUGGCUGCAGGAGCACGGAUCUGCAGGCUGCUGGUCAGGUGUUCAGCUCUUUGAAGAAGACCCACGGGAGCAGCUCAGGCUCGGCGCGUCCUGCUGUCCCAAACCCUUCCUCAGCCACGGCUGGGAUCUCCCGUGAUCCCAGGGAGCACAGCCCUUCCCUGGCUGGGAUCUCCCGUGAUCCCAGGGAGCACAGCCCUUCCCUGGCUGGGAUCUCCCGUGUUCCUGAGGAGCACAGCCCUUCCCUGGCUGGGAUCUCCCGUGUUCCUGAGGAGCACAGCCCCUCCCUGUGCAUCCUGGCGGACAGCAGGGAGAUCUGCUCGGGGCCGGAGGUGCUCUCGUGCCUGCGGGCCAUGCACGGGCUCCGGGUGCAGAUCUGCUCCCUGGGCACCAGCGACUACAUCGUCAGCAACCGCCUGGCCGUGGACAGGGUGCUCCAGUCGGAGCUGCAGAGCCCUGGGAACAGGAAUAAACUCAGCCAGAGGCUGCAGCGCCUGCAGGGCAUCUUCGAGAGGAUCUGUGUGGUUGUGGAGACAGACAGGGUCAGGCCAGGAGAAACAUCCCGGUGUUUCCAGAGGACUCAGUACUACGAUGGAGUGCUCUCAGCCUUGGUCCAGGCUGGAAUAAGGAUCCUCUUCAGCUCCUGCCAGGAGGAAACUGCAGCUUUGCUGAAGGAGCUGGCUCUGCUGGAGCACAGGAAGGACGCUGCCAUCCAGGUGCCAACGGAGCCGGAGGGGCACCAGCGGGACGUCCUCAACUUCUACCUGAGCAUUCCCAACCUCAGCUACGGAGCUGCCCUCAACCUCUGCCACUCCUUCGGCUCCAUCACAGCCGUGGCCAACAGCUCGGUGCCGGCGCUGGCGGCGGGGGCGCAGCUGAGCCGGCCCCAGGCCGAGGAGCUCCAUCGGUUCCUGCGCCACGAGUUCGACCUGCAGCUGCUGCCUCAGCCCCUGCCCGCCAAGGGGAAGAGCUGAGCUCGGCGCUCCGGGCCCUGCACUGCACUUUACCCAGUCGGGAUUGGAUGUAAAUGAUGUAAAUAAACACUUGUCAAACCUCA